GCGGGCCCGCGUCGCGAGGCACUUCCGGCGUGUGCCGGGGUGGCCGGAUGACGUGGCUGAGUCAGAGGAAGAGGCUAAGGCCGGGGGGCGGAGGAGGCUCGGGAGCGGGCGGUGACGGCGACGGCGGAGGCAGCGGCUGGGCCCGGGCCCCGUGCGUCUGUCCGCGCCCCGUGGAUGCGAAUCGGCCGCGGCACAAGCGGCGGCGGCGGAGGAGUCGGUGGGCCGGCGCCGGGCCGGCGCGAGCGCGGAGGAUGAGGCCGCUGCCGGGCGCUCCUGGCGUGGUGGCGGCCGCCGCGCUGUUGCUGCUACUGCUGCCCCGGGCCCGGGCGGACGAGCACGAACACACGUAUCAAGAUAAAGAAGAAGUUGUCUUAUGGAUGAAUACUGUUGGGCCCUACCAUAAUCGCCAAGAAACAUAUAAGUACUUUUCACUUCCGUUCUGUGUGGGGUCAAAAAAAAGUAUCAGUCAUUACCAUGAAACUCUGGGAGAAGCACUUCAAGGAGUUGAAUUGGAAUUUAGUGGUCUGGAUAUUAAAUUUAAAGAUGAUGUGAUGCCAGCCACUUACUGUGAAAUUGAUUUAGAUAAAGAAAAGAGAGAUGCCUUUGUUUAUGCUAUUAAAAAUCACUACUGGUACCAGAUGUACAUAGAUGACUUACCAAUAUGGGGUAUUGUUGGUGAAGCAGAUGAAAAUGGAGAAGAUUAUUACCUUUGGACCUACAAGAAGCUUGAAAUAGGUUUUAAUGGAAAUCGAAUUGUUGAUGUUAAUYUAACUAGUGAAGGAAAGGUGAAACUGGUUCCCAAUACCAAAAUACAGAUGUCAUAUUCAGUAAAAUGGAAAAAGUCAGAUGUAAAAUUUGAAGAUCGAUUUGACAAAUAUCUUGAUCCGUCCUUUUUUCAACAUAGGAUUCAUUGGUUUUCAAUCUUCAACUCCUUCAUGAUGGUGAUCUUCUUGGUAGGCUUAGUUUCAAUGAUUUUAAUGAGAACAUUAAGAAAAGAUUAUGCCCGGUACAGUAAAGAAGAAGAAAUGGAUGACAUGGAUAGAGACCUAGGAGAUGAAUAUGGAUGGAAGCAGGUGCAUGGAGAUGUAUUUAGACCAUCAAGUCACCCGCUAAUAUUUUCCUCUCUCAUUGGUUCUGGAUGUCAAAUAUUUGCUGUAUCUCUCAUUGUUAUUAUUGUUGCAAUGAUAGAAGAUUUAUAUACAGAGAGGGGAUCAAUGCUCAGUACAGCCAUAUUUGUCUAUGCUGCUACAUCUCCAGUAAAUGGGUAUUUUGGAGGAAGUCUGUAUGCUAGACAAGGAGGAAGGAGAUGGAUAAAACAGAUGUUCAUUGGGGCAUUCCUUAUCCCAGCUAUGGUGUGUGGCACAGCCUUCUUCAUCAAUUUUAUAGCCAUUUAUUACCAUGCUUCAAGAGCCAUUCCUUUUGGAACAAUGGUGGCUGUUUGUUGCAUCUGUUUUUUUGUUAUUCUUCCUCUAAAUCUUGUUGGUACAAUACUUGGCCGAAAUCUGUCAGGUCAGCCCAACUUCCCUUGUCGUGUCAAUGCUGUGCCUCGUCCUAUACCGGAGAAAAAAUGGUUUAUGGAGCCUGCAGUUAUCGUUUGCCUGGGAGGAAUUUUACCUUUUGGCUCUAUCUUUAUUGAAAUGUAUUUCAUCUUCACGUCUUUCUGGGCAUAUAAGAUCUAUUAUGUCUAUGGCUUCAUGAUGCUGGUGCUGGUCAUCCUGUGCAUUGUGACCGUCUGUGUGACCAUUGUGUGCACAUACUUCUUGCUAAAUGCAGAGGAUUAUAGGUGGCAAUGGACAAGUUUUCUCUCUGCUGCAUCAACUGCAAUCUAUGUUUACAUGUAUUCCUUUUACUACUAUUUUUUCAAAACAAAGAUGUAUGGCUUAUUUCAAACAUCAUUUUACUUUGGAUAUAUGGCGGUAUUUAGCACAGCCUUGGGGAUAAUGUGUGGAGCAAUUGGUUACAUGGGAACAAGUGCCUUUGUUCGAAAAAUCUAUACUAAUGUGAAAAUUGACUAGAGACCCAAGAAAACCUGGAACUUCGGAUCAAUUUCUCUUUCAUAGGGGUGGAACUUGCACAGCAAAAAAAGCGCAAGAAGAGAUUUGGGCUUAACACUGGGUACUUUGUGGGUCUCUUUCGUGGAUGGCUUAAAGUAACAUCUAUUUCCAUUGAUCCUAGGUUCGUACUGACUGCUUUCUCCAACUGUUCACAGCAAAUGCUUGGAUUUUAUGCAGUAGGCAUUACUACAGUACAUGGCUAAUCUUCCCAAAAACUAGCUCAUUAAAGAUGAAAUAGACCAGCUCUCUUCAGUGAAGAGGACAAAUAGUUUAUUUAAAGCAUUUGUUCCAAUAAAAUAAGUAGAGGGAAACUUGGAUGCUAAAAUUACAUGAGUAGAAAUCUUCCUGGCACUUAGUGUUUCUACAUUAUUGAAAAAUGAUGUUCCAGAAAGAUUACUUUUUUUCUCUUAUUUUUACUGCCAUCGUCGACCUAUUGUGGGACAUUUUUAUAUAUUGAAUCUGGGUUCUUUUUUGACCUGUUAUAGGUUUUUUUCUCCUCCAGUUCAACUGCAUCCUUUUUUUAAAAAAAGAGAAUUAAAAAAUAUUAAAUUCUGCAUGUAAUAUAUCUGCUGUCAUCUUAGUUGGACCAGCUUCCCGUUUAUUUAUCUUAAAAUUAUCCAGUUAUAUCUUAAUUCCAUCCAAAGAAGAUACAGUCUGAAGAUAGAGGUGUACUCUCUACAAUGCAAUUUACUGUACAGUUAGAAAGCCAAGUGUUAAAUGGAGAAGAUAAGUUGUUUUUAUUAAACAUUUUGAGAUUUAGAUAAACUACAUUUUAACUGAAUGUCUAAAGUGAUUAUCUUUUUCCCCCAAGGUUAGUCUUAAAAUCUUUUUUUGAGUUUGAAUGAAGGCUUUACAUAAGAAAUUAUUAAAAGCAAGGGGGUGGGUAAUAAAUGUAUAUAACAUUAAAUAAUGUAACGUAGGUGUAGAUUCCCAGAUGCGUUUGGAUGUACAGAUGGACUAUGGAGUACUUUUUUCUGAUGAUGAUUGGUGUAGAAAUGUGUGAAUUUGGGUGGCUUUUUACAUCUUGCCUACCAUUGCAUGAAACAUUGGGGUUUCUUCAAAAUGUGUGUGUCAUACUUCUUUUGGAAGGGGGGUUGUUUUCUUCUGUUUCUUUUCUGAGACUCCUACAGGAGCUAAAUUUGUAAUUUAGAAACAUUUAAUUUUGUUAAUCCUGUCUGGGACACUUAAGUAACAUCUAAAGCAUUACUGCUUUAGAAUGUUCAAAUAAAAUUUCCUGACCAAAUUGUUUUGUGGAAAUAGAUGUGUUUGCAAUUUGAAAGAUAACUGUUCAAAAGGCAAUAUUACUUAAUGCCAGUUAUUUUUUAAUAGACUAUAAAAUAUGCCUUUCUAAUACAGAGGACCCUCACUUCAAAAUCCCCAAACUGUCAUACAUCUAGAAUAUCCAGUAUAGUCACAAAGUGAAUGACAAACCUUUUGAAUGAAACUAUGGUGCAAAAUCUGUUAGGUUGGUAUAACGUGGAAAGUGGGGUGGGGUAUAAGUGGUUAGCAAAUAUAGGUUACAGUUUUCUAAGAGAUUUUAAUUUUUAUUACAUUUUUCCCAGAACUAUCCAUAAUGUAAAGUUUUCCUAGAACCACUGAGUUUCUAGUUUAAUGGUUUGCUAUGCAAAUGACCACCUAAAACAAUACUGUAUAUUGGUAUUUUUAGAAAGUCUCAAAUGAGUUGUAUUAAACCUUAAUGUGAAAAUCAUGUCAAUAAUAAUUACAUUAGAUGUUUUCAUUACAAAAAUAUAUUUCUAUAAAGUAAUGGACUCCAUAUCCUAUGUUGUAGCAUAUAAGACCUAUGAAGAGUGAAUUUCUCACCUCAAGUGUGGUUGAUAUAAACAAACAGAAACUGUAGGUAGAACUUCUUUUUCAAGACAGAAUGUGAUAUUAAAUGUAAUCCACUGGUUCUUCCACUUUGUCUUCUCACCUGCCUUUAUGAUCUUGUAAGAAAAGAAACUAAAAGGCAAUAUUUAAUUGCUUAUAUUGUGUAAUUUUUUAACAUGUUAGAGCACUCUUAGUAUAAGAAUAUAGGCUAUCUGAUGGAGUAUAAACUGAAUGGCAAACUUUUGUCUUAAUCAAAAUGCAGUUUAUUUUUGUGAUAUGAUUCUUGCAGGUAAGAUAUAAGAUUGAGAAUAUGUUUAGCUGCUUUCAGUUGCACCAACUCUACUAAGUUGAGCUGUAUUUGACAUUCUUUGGAAUCUAAAAAAUGAUUUUCUAGUUUCCAAAUACAUUAAGAACAUCAACAUUAACAUAAAUCACUUUGAAAAGUCCUUUAGAAAAAGGCUCAUUGGUUUGUGGCUUCAUAGAGAGGUAAAUAUAUAUGUGAGUCUUGAAAAAGAUAUAGUUUACAAAUGGUUUAGCUCCCUAGCACUCAUCAGUUGUAGAAUAGUAAAGUAAAAUAUUAUUUAAGUUAAUUGAAAAGUGGGGUUUUUCUACACUCCAUCAAUGCUGCAUAUGUCUUCGAUUUGCUAACGUUGGCUCAACUGACACUAUCAAAAACUAAGGAUAAACUUUCUCUGUCUUUAAGCAUGCUUCUCCUGAAAUUUAACUACAUUAGUAGUUUACAUUGCUUCAUAUAUCUGCUCAUCCAAGGGUAGGAUAAAGUAAAACUGUAACAAAAGGAAGGUGGUAAAGUUUUCUUCAGUAUGUACCAUGUUGGGUUCUUAGAUGGUACUGGGUUUGCCCAUAAAUCAAAUCCCAUACUCUUAAAAUUCAUUUAUUGUGGUGAUGUCUGAACCUAGUGAAUGGUAUACUCGGGUAUUUUCCUCUGAAAGUGGAUAGACCUCUUUAUAAAGGUGGUUGCUGCAAAUUCCAGUUCUUCCAAAAGCCACUUUUAGGGUUUAUCCACAAAUUAUAUUCAUUUUGAUAUAGCUUUUGUUUCCUAAAUGUUUACCAACCACCAUAUGCCAAAUGUCUUGCAAAUAAAUAUUAUUUUAAAGUGUCCUCAAUUUUUACAAAUGUAAAAAGAUACAGCAUAUUAAUGUAACUUGUUCAGGAAAAGCUACAUACUGAAGGGCUUCUGUAUAUGAAUUCUAAGGGGGAAAGGCCUGUUUGUAAAAAAUCUAUACACCGCAGUUCCAUCUGGGUUUUAAGUUUAGAUUUCAGUGUGUCUUAGUGCUUCAUUCUAUUGGUUUAUUGGAACAUACAAUAAGUAGGAGUAGUGCUGUAUAAAAACAAAUAUUCAUUAAUAUUUUAUAAAAGAUCUUCAUUAAAGUUCUAUAAUUAUGAAGCUAUGUUUUAAUAAUCAAGAGUUAAUCAGAGAAGUGGAAAUUUAGGAAGAUUGUUUGAAAAUGUGUACAGAAAUAGACUAGAUUUGCAGAUAGAGUAGAUCAGAGUUAACAUUAUACCUGCAGAAAUUUUUAAGAUUUAAAUUCAGUCUGAGUAAUAAGUCUAGUUCUCUCCUUUGA